UUUAAAGACGAGAUUUUAUUAGCGGGAGAGCAAAGGCCACCCAAACAGGAAAGAGGGAAACAAUAGAAAGAAUGAAAAAGAGAAAAGAAGGAAGAAAAACAAAAAGAAAAGGAAAAGAAAAGAGAUACAGAGGCUACACCCCUGCCUCAACCUUGGCCACCGGCCCAAUCACGAUGCCCAAUCCCUAAAGAGAAUCAACACCUUAGAGAAAACAACCACUGAAGAUCGACUCUCAUUUCUAAAAAACACGGUUGUUUCUCUCCGCCCAAAUUGCCCAAAGAACCGCAAGCAACAUGCUUCACCACUUUCUCUUGCCAAGAGCAGAACAGAGUCGAGAGGAGGCAUGACCCCAGAAACACCCACCAAAUGGAGUGGUCCCCUGUCUCCUCGCUGUUGAGGCGAAGGAGGCAAAUAUUUUGCAUGAUCAUUCCUCUUUUCCUGAGAUUAUCCAUGGUUAAGAUUUUGUUUCUUCCUGCUAACUAGCCAAAAGCCGCCACCUUUGGGGGAGUUUUGUAGGACCAGAUAACUCCCGUAUGGUAGUAGGCAGGAGAUAAGAUGGAACCCAAAAGAUAAUUGUAGCCGGAUUUGACAGAGAAAAUACCAGAACCGGAUCUCUUCAAAACCAAAGAAUCCUUUUUCAAAGGAUCAAGGUGAACACCUUGUAGAAGACAGAAGAGCAAAGUAAGAUCAACAAUGUUGUUAUCAUUGAAAUUUCUUCUGAAAAGAGGAAUCCAGACUCCUCCCGAUCCAUUGUGAAAGAAACAAUCCUUCACAUGGAUAUUCUGAUUUUGACAUGAGGAGAACAAAGAGGGGAAUCCUUUCGCUAGUGUGGUGGAUCCGCAUCACUGAUCCAACCAAAAUCUAAUCCUAUCAUCGUCGCCUAAGGAGAAACAUAUAUUAGAGCGAAAAGAUCCGGAGAGCUUGGCAAUUUCUUCUACACCAAAGAAGAUCUGUACAAGGAUGAUUCGUUAGUCCACCAACCACCAAUGUUAUAACCAUAUUUAGCAGCUAUGAUUUGUCUCUACAAACUAUUGGUCUCAUUCCCAAAGGGCCACAACCACUUAGAAAGAAGGAAAUAUUAAACAUUUUUAGAUUUGUAAUGUUCGCACCCCCUACACUGAUAGGGGUGCAAACUUCCUUCUAGUUGAGCAAAUGAUAUUUGUGAGAAUCCUUGUUUCCUUGCCAUAAGAAUUUCCUGCGGAUUCUGUCAAUUUUGAAUAUAACUGAUUUGGGGCAGAGAAAGAGAGAUAAAAUGUAUUAGGGCAUACUCGAGAGGGAAGCUUUGAUCAAGUUUAUUCUGCCUCCAAGAGACAUCGUGUUCAACAUCCAAGAAGAAAGUUUCCUUUCCAUCCUUUCAAGGAUGCUAUCCCAUAAAGAGAGUGGGGGCUUACCUAUAUAGAGAGGGAGACCCAAGUACAACGUAGGAAAUGAUCUACAACCUUACACUUGAAAGAAUCAGCAAAAGAGGAAGCAACGUCCUAGGAUAGGUUAAUUCCUAUCAACCCCGAUUUAGCCAUUUUAACCUUGAGGCCUAAGACAACUUGGAACCAGCAUAUGGUCAUACUAAGAAGGGUGAUCUUGGACUCAUGUGCAUUGCAAAAUAAUAAAGUAUCAUUAAUGAAUUGUAAGUGCAUUAAGCAGAGAGGGAAAUUUCUAAUGGGAAAUCCCGUAAAACCCCCCACUUCCUGGUCCCUAGAAAGCAUUUCACUAAGGGCUUCCAUAACCAAAACAAAUAGGAACGGAGAGAGGGGAUCCCCCUGACAGAGCCCUCUUGAGGCUCUAAAGAAAUCGAAAGGGGAUCCGUUAAUCAGAACCGAGAAUUUUGGAGACAAUACGAAUUCUCAUCCACGCCCUCCAGGUGAAACCAAAUCCCAUCCUUUGAAGCAUGUAGUUCAGGAAAGACUAGUCGACAUGGUCAUAAGCCUUAUGUAUGUCAAGUUUACAGAGAACUCUUGAUUUUUUGUCCCUUGCACACGAGUCCAUACAUUUAUUGGCAGUAAGAAUAGAGUCUAGAAUCUGUCUGUCUUCCACAAAGGCGAAUUGAAAGGGAGAAAUGACCUUAGCUAUCACCUGUCUAAGUCGAUUGGCUAGGCUUUUGGACAAGAUUUUGUAGGGACCCCCCACUAGGCUGAUAGGAUGAAAGUCUUUAAUAUUUUGAGCUCCUUCGAUCUUGGGGAUGAGGGCCAAAAAGGUAUUACCUAUCUCUGAGGAAAGUCUCCUAUCAUGAAAUAGCUCUAAUAUGAAAGCAAAAAGAUCAUCCUUUAGCAAAUCCCAAAAAACCUUAAAAAACGCAAUGGGAAAUCCAUCGGGACCAAGGGCCUAAUCACUUUCAAGUUCCCAUAUAGCAAAUUUCAGCUCCUCUAGGUCAGCUGGUCUUUUUAGAAACAUCAUUUCUUCCGAAAUACGCUGGAAAGGCAAAUUAUCAAGUCUUGGCCUAGGCACAUCAUUAGCAGUUAGAAGUUGGGAAUAAAAUUGAACAAUGUAAUUGCAAAUGGUAGAUUUAUUGGAAACAAUCUCAUUGUCAAUCGCAAGGGAAACAAUUUGGUACAGCGUAAUUGUGAAAGAAUUUAGUGUUCCUAUCACCCUCCUUUAGCCACAAGGCUGUGGAUUGAUGCCUCCAUUUAAUCUCUUCUUCUUUUAAUCUAGCACAAUAAUCCACAGACAUAUUCAAUCUCAAAGAAACAUCUUCUUCGGACAAGGGAUUAACCUCUUCCUUAGCAUCCAACUCCUGAAUGGCUGCAAGUAAGGAAGAGAUUGCAACUUCCCUCAAGCCGAAGACCUCCUUAUGCCAAGCUUUCAACUUCCCUUUCAACAUAUGGAGAUUCUUAAAGAGAAUGAACCCUGACUACCCUUUUAUCGUUAAGGAUUGCCACCAACCAAAGACCAUGUCUCUGAAUCCUUCAACCUCAAGCCACGUCAGUUCAAAUUUGAACGGCUUUGGGCCCCAAUUCAGCUCUCGGUUUCCAAUAAAAUGGGAGUAUGAUCAGAGAUAGUUCUGGGCAAUCCUCUUUGAUGAGCAAAAGCGAAGUGGGUGAUUGAUGUAGGACUGAUGCAUGAACCAAAUAGUAUGUGAGAUCAAGUAGUAGAAUUAAGAUAAUUAACCAAAAAAAAUAAAAAUACACGCAUUGCCAUAAUCAUCACGAAUCCCAUGAAAACCAAAAGAACAUCAUGCAUGAUCCUAGCCUAAGUUACCAACAUCAUCAUAAGAUCAUUAAAUAAAACGAAACUAGGAUCUAAUGGAUAUAGGGACAUCCAAUUAGCAUAGAAUAUAGUCUAUUUCAAAGUAGAAGGCCUAAUACAACCUAGGGUAAAAAUUAGGGUUUGAGUAAUUUUGAAAAGUAAGAAAAUUAGGGAUUUUAGGUUUAGGUUUAAGGUUUUGGAAAUGGAAGAAAGGAGUUUUGAUAUAAGGAUGAUGGAAAACCAAAAGGGGCAUGGUGUGGCCGUACGUCCAACUCGAAGGAUACACACGUGUGGUCAUACGGUCACACAUGUAGCGUGGGAUGGAUGUGUUAGGUCGGUUAGUAUUUGGGAUUGUGGAUAGGUAAAAGACAAAUGUGUUUACGAAAGGAUGAAGGCUUAGGAUGGGAGAAUCGAAGGAUUCAAAGAAAAUAUCUUGAUGGAUGAGAAGAGAGAAGAUGGUGUGGGGAUAAAUAGAGACAUCGCAUCUCCGUUGAUAAACAUUAGCCUCGCACUAAUCUCCCUUCCAAAUCGCAUGAAAGUAUCUUCAAAUCGCAUGACAAUGGAAGAAGAAAGCAAGAACCUCUCUCUUUUGUUAAUCACAAAAUCUAAUGAGGGAGAAGGUCACAUGCCCGCCCUCUUUUAUAGAUCCAAAAAAGUUUGAAAAUUACAAUAAACAUCCUAUUUUGUGAAUUUUGACGAAAAUAGACCUAGUCUAGCUAAAGUCAAACUAAAAAUACUCAUAAUGGUGUCCAAACAUAACACAAACAAAAUUAAAUCCUAUAAAUUGAUAAAAGCUGAGAAAAACUAAUGCGGACGAUCCACGAUUAAUGGCUCAAUCAUGUGAUCCAACGGUCCGAUCAUCAUGUCCCUCCAAUCCAACGGCCUGGAUCACUCUAUAAAGCAGCUCAUGUGCAUCAUCUCAGUGUGAGGUCUUCCAGAUGCUCUCACAUGCACAUUGGGUCUUCAAUACAAUCACGGAUACUCGCCUAGCCAUAGGGAAAUUGGUGUGGCCCACCUCUUUUGAUACAUACGCAAGGGUGUACAUGAAGUGAUGUCGUCAUUGUGAUCCAAUCUUGGGAGACAAGAAAUCUAUCAAGGAGGAACCUCACUGGAGGGUUCUUACAGUUAGACCAGGUGAGUUUUACUCCCCCAUCGGCAGGUCCACCACCCCAUGAUUGACCACCCACUCUGAAAAUCUUCUCAUCGAAGAGGAAAUUCUAGUACCAUUAGAAUGCUCAUACGAAAAGCAGAUCACGUUAAAGUCCCCUCCUAUUAGCCAAGGGAGGUUCCACCUAUUAGAGACCGCAAAAAGCUCAAGCCAAAAAGAAGAGCGAAGGGAGGGCCUAGAAGGACCAUAAACACCAGAAAAGAUCCAACGGAAGCCUGAGCCGAUCUCUCUGCAUGUAUGCAAGGAUUGACUGUGGUAUGAUUUUCAAUGGCAGAGACCAUCCAUUGUAUUCAUGCUGUACAUGUAGACCAACCCCCUCUAAAUCAUGGGCCUUAUUGUGCAUAGAGUAUGGCUUGAAAGUUGAAACCCACACCGAUCAAACAUCCUAUCCAUCCAAUUGUUUGAUCUGUGUGAUGGUCGUGUGAAAUCAAAAGAUCACUAUACAGGAAAAAUCAGAUGAUUACGAUUGUCCGAUCAACUACAGUGUGAUGUUCUGUCUAUGUUUCAUCCAUAAUGGGGCUGCAAUUUUGAUGGUCUAGAUUGAUGUACAUGAAUGACUUGAGUCCAGCUGAUGGGUUGCCACUGUUUAAAAUUAUGGUGCCAAAUGCACAACUUGGCACCCCCAUAUAUGGAUAACAGUUCUGUUUUUCAUGAAUGUUUCAAAAGGUUUGGUAACUUGUGAAUCAGGAACUAUGCAUGGAUUCUGGUGGAAAUGCUUUCAGACUUUAAUUUGAAAGCAUAGAACUUUUAGUAGGGCAUGUUUUCUUAUUCUAAACUUGCUUACUGGAAAUGAUGCAUAGUUCUCACUUGAAGAAGGAAAUAAACACCAAAAGAAUGCAUUGAUGGUUCAAAACUUCCUUGCAAACCCCUAAAUUCUGCUAUGGUAAAGUGCUUGGGUAGUAACCAUGUGUAGCUGAGAAGAAAUUUGAUGUUUGAAACCCUAUAUGUUGAUUUGAAGACCUCAACAGUCUGUGAGAAUGAUGAAACUAAUGAGCUAGCUCAAGGAUAAUUGUUUUAUAUACCUUAAUGCCUGGGUGGACAUUUUGGGAGGAGUCGGCUUGCUCGGGCAUUUCUCAAUGCACGUUGAACAAAUCUAUUUUGCAUGUUGCUGCAAAAUACUUGGAAUUGAGCCACUCCAGCUGUUUAAGCCAAUUUCUUAUUCUUGGAACAAAGGCAAGCAUAUGGUGUGGGAAGCAUCUGCAGAUGACUUUUAUGCCAAUGGAAGAGUCUCAAGAAGAGGAACAUUUGAGCCUCCUUUUUCAGUUGGUUUUGGAUUCACUGAGCUUCUCUUCUGCCACCUUUUCAAUUUUGACAAGAUCCCCUAUUGUUGGGGAAAAGGAGCUAAUGCUUAUUGUUGAGAACUUCAUCUCAGAACAGUUGAACUUAACAAAGGCUUCAAUUUCAGAGAUCAAGAAAAUACAUUCAAUUGCUUCAGAAGUACUCAAAGUUGCACAUGUGGUCCUGGAUGCUGCUAUAAAACUCUGCAGAGCGUAUUCUCAAGCCAUAAACUUGGACUCCUUUGAGGUGACUACUAAUGAAAAUGAAAGCUCAAUGGAUGGUAGAACGGUGGAUAACAUGUCCCACAUUAUUAGCAUAGUAACAUGCACAACAGAAAACUUGUAUGAAUUGGGGACCCUAGCAGCUACUGGUGGUGGGAGUCUGGUUACGAUUCUUAAUGUAUCAUGGAAAGGUGUGGUUGUGUUGCUGCAACUUGGUAAAGGGGUGAUAGCUGAUAAGAUAAACAUAGGAGAUAUUAUUCUAACACUAAUUUCACUGGCCACUGAUUCUCUGAGAUGCGCUGCUGGAGCAUGGUCAUCUACACCUAGGGAAGCUUUGGCUGUAACAGAAGCUAAAAGGACAUUCCUUCCAAUAAAAUUUUACCUUGUAAAUGCUGUUCGAAUCUUCUGUCAGUAUCCUUGCCAAGCCAUUAAAAUAUACAAGGAGAUAGCUCUGUUGGUCUUGACGAUCUCAACUUUCGGCAUUUCAUUGAGCAGAGAAGAACAUCUCAAAGCUGCAAGUGAAGUGUUGGUGGAGUUUUUGGAGCCAACAUCCUUUCUCUUGCUUCUUACCUUGCUAAAUUCUGCUGAAGUAAAGCAGGAGUCCAAGUUACAGAUUCUAGAGUGGUUGUUCACAGAUGAAAGCCUUUUGAGUUCUUCACAUCCAGGAGAAACUGUUAGUUCGAUCACUAAUUCAACAACUUCCUUGGAUGAAAUAUUCUCUGUCAAUUCUGAAUCUAUGCCCAGAGAAAAUAGUUUGGUGCUUGGUCGAGUUGUCUUGUUUUUGAAUCUUCUGAAGAAUUCUCCUGAUCUCACAGAGGAAGUAGUUCUUGGAAUUUCUAUGAAACUAGGGUGUUUUUUGGAUCUGUUGAUCACGGAAGAAGUCUAUUCUUCUGUUCUUGUCUUGCAUAUUCCUGUCUUAUAUGGUUCUGGACCAUCACCGGAGUUAGCUUGGAACCCCAUAUUUUCUUCGGCAUUACAUGCAUUGAAAACCUUCAUGAUUGUGGCUGCUUCAAGCCAAGCUUGGGGGGAGGUGGAGUCUUUCCUAGUUGAGAACCUUCUUCAUCCUCAUUGUCUUUGCUGGGAAAUCAUUAUGGAACUCUGGUGCUUUGUGGUGCGGCAUUCUGAAACAGAGAUGUUGAAUGGCAUCAUCGACAGCUUGUUCUCAUUAUUCAAGGAAGUAGCAUCUUUGGAGCCAACCCCCUUUCCUGGUUGUGCUCUGAGGAAAAUGGCCAGGUCUAUUUGUAUGCUACUUACUUAUGCAACACCAUCUAUCGUAGACCAAGUUUACGGUUCGAUCUUUGCCAAUGAUAAAUCUCAUUUGUCAUCUGUCAUGUACACAGCCUUGCUCAUGGAGGGCUUCCCCUUGAAUUCAUUCACAGAUAGUCUGAGAAAGCUUGCAACUCAAAGAAUCCUUAUGGCAUUUUGUGGUUUCAUAGAGAAUAAUGGUAAGAAACUUGGGGUGGAUGGUUCAUUGAGAUCUGGCAGCUCUGGUGACCUCAUUCUACCUGUGCAUGCCUUUUCAUCCAUGUUACAUAGUCUCCAGGUCAGUGGUCUCGAUAUUGAAAACCAAAACAUGGCACGAGUCCUGAAGUUUGCUGUUACCAUUAUUCAUAGCUAUAGAAGUGCGGUUAGCAGUUUAAGUAAGGAUCAUCUCAGCAAACUUUUAAGUCAGCUUUUAGAGAUCAUUUCGAACAUGAAGCAUUUGUAUGCGUGCGACGAGAUUGAAGAAGUCAUCUUAGAGCUGCGGGCCUUAUUUGUGUCAGAAUCCUUAGCCUCAGAAGUUUGGUUGCAUCAAUCCAAACCAGCUCUGGCUUCUUUCAUGGCGGGCCUUUGUCACAUGGAGAUGGCAGACGGAGAAGGAAAUACAAUAAGCUCCGCCGUAUGGGAAUUGUACCAUAUGUUAUUGAGAGAGCGGCACUGGGCAUUUGUACAUUUGGCUCUCACAUCAUUUGGGUAUUUUGCAGCUCGCACAUCUUGCAACCAGCUGUGGAGAUUUGUACCACAAAAUGCAGCUCUUUCACAUGAUACAGAGACAGGGAAUCAGGUGAAUGAGGAGAGAUUUAUGUCUGAGUUGAAGGCAUUUCUUGAGAAAGAAGCUGCUCUGCCUGGGAUUGCUCCAUGUUCCAAGCAAUUUAGUCUGCUUGUGAAGGAAGGGCUUGUGCUGAGGGAAACAGUCCGCAAAUUCUCUAAUAUCAAUUUGGAGGUUUUGGGAUCCGUUGUUGUAGAUAUUGAUGAUGAAAUCCAGGUGAAGAAGAAGAGGAAGCUUCCUGAUGGAAUUAAUGAAGGAAUGGCUUUGCUUCAAAGCGGUUUGAAAGCUAUGGGUGAUGGUAUUGCUCGGUGGCGGCAACAGCACAAUGACUCCAAAGAACUGCAGGAUGAGUUCUCGACUCAGCUUUCGUGUCUUGAAGAUGUGAUCUUGCACUUGCUGGGUCUGGCAGACAGUGGGUAAUUAGCAUUUUCCAGCCCUUUUGUUGCGAAUGCUGCUUGUCAAUUUAAUAUGCAAGGAAUCUGAAUUGAAACGACAGUGUAUCAUAUGAGAAAAUGAUAAAUAGAUCUGGCAAAGUUUUUCCUUCCGUCCA